UUCCACGGAGACUGUGAAACUUCACUCCUGUGCCCCCCCACCCUCUUCCUCGUCUUCUUCUGUGGUAGCAGCAGCAGCAGCAGCUCUGUUGGCUGUUGGCUGUUCCCGCAGUUGCGUGGACCCACUGGUUGGAGCAGGAUUACGCAUCGGUCCCGUCGCGUCCAUCCGCCGCUGAUCCACAGGGAAGCGGGACAAUGAGGGACUGAGACCACGUCCCUCUCGCUUCCUGCAAACCUUUUAACCUUCUUCCAUCUUUUAUUUUUUUAUUUUUUAUUAUUUGCUGCUGCGUAUUGGUUGGGGGGGAUGCGUCGCCUCCUGUAGGAUCCCGCUUGUUGACAAACUUUUUUUUACUUCUUCCUUCCUCCUUGUAAGAAGUUUGUCCUCCGUUUGGACAAGAGAAGACAGACAAUGUCCACGCCGAGGUUCAAAAAGGAUAAAGAGAUAAUCGCGGACUACGAGAGUCAAGUGAAAGAGAUCCGGGCCCAGUUGGUGGAGCAGCAGAAAUGUCUGGACCAGCAGACGGAGAUGAGGGUCCAGCUGCUGCAGGACCUGCAGGACUUCUUCAGGAAAAAGGCAGAGAUCGAGAUGGAGUACUCGAGGAACCUGGAGAAACUGGCCGAGCGCUUCAUGGCCAAGACUCGCAGCACCAAGGACCACCAGCAGUACAAGAAGGACCAGAACCUGCUGUCCCCUGUGAACUGCUGGUAUCUGCUGCUGAACCAGGUGAGGCGGGAGAGUAAGGACCACGCCACCCUGAGCGACAUCUACCUCAACAACGUCAUCAUGAGGUUCAUGCAGAUCAGCGAGGACUCCACACGGCUACUCAAGAAGAGCAAGGAAAUAGCCUUUCAACUCCAGGAAGACUUAAUGAAGGUCCUAAAUGAGCUAUACACAGUGAUGAAGACUUACCACAUGUACCACACGGAGAGCAUCAGCGCCGAGGGCAAGUUGAAGGAGGCCGAGAAGCAAGAGGAGAAGCAGAUCGGCAGGGGCGACCCCGUCUUCAGCAUCCGGAUGGAGGACAGGAACCUGAGACGCAGCUCUGUGAAGAAGAUCGAGAAGAUGAAGGAAAAGCGCCAAGCCAAGUACUCGGAGAACAAGCUGAAGUCGAUCAAAGCGCGGAACGAGUACCUACUGACGCUGGAAGCGUCAAACUCCUCCGUUUUCAAAUACUACAUCCACGACUUGUCGGACCUAAUUGAUUGCUGUGACUUGGGUUACCACGCCAGUCUGAAUCGAGCCCUGCGGACGUACCUGUCGGCCGAAUACAACCUGGAGACGUCGCGGCACGAGGGUCUCGACAUCAUCGAAAAUGCCGUUGAGAGCCUGGACCCACGGAGCGACCGGCAGAGGUUCAUGGAGAUGUACCCGUCGGCUUUCUGCCCACCGACAAAGUUCGAGUUCCAGUCUCACAUGGGAGACGAGGUGUGCCAGGUGUCGGUGCAGCCGCCGGUGAAUGGAGAGCUCAUCCUGAGGUUCCAGCAGCUGCAGUCCCGUCUGGCUACUCUGAACAUUGAAAACGAAGAGAUCAAGAAGACGUCCGAGGCCACGCUCACCACCAUCCAGGACAUGGUCACCAUCGAGGACUACGACGUGUCCGAGUGUUUCCACCACAGCCGCUCCACCGAGUCGGUCAAGUCGGCCGUGUCCGAGACGUACCUGAGCAAACCCAGCAUGGCCAAGAGGAGGGCCAACCAGCAGGAGACGGAGCAGUUCUACUUCAUGAAAUUCCGGGAGUUUCUGGAGGGCAGUAAUCUCAUCUCCAAGCUGCAGGCCAAACACGACUUGCUGAAGAGGACACUCGGGGAAGGCCACAGAGCUGACUACAUGACCACAAGACAUCCCAACGGGCUGCUCAAAACCCACACUGGCACCCGGCGGGCUCGACCCCGCUCCGUUUUUAAUGUUAGGUUAUUUAAUGGCAAUUUGGAGUCGUUUAUCAAGGAUUCUGGACAGGCUAUUCCUCGUGUGGUGGAGAGCUGCAUCCGCUGCAUAAACUUAUAUGGCCUCCAGCAUCAAGGAAUAUUCCGUGUGUCUGGAUCUCAGCUGGAAGUCAAUGACAUCAAGAACUCGUUUGAAAGAGGAAACGACCCUCUGACGGAUGAUGAGAACGGUCACGACAUCAACUCAGUGGCCGGCGUUCUCAAACUUUACUUCCGGGGUCUGGAGAACCCUCUUUUCCCCAAAGAGAGGUUCAAUGAUCUGCUCUCCUGCAUCAGAAUAGAGAACCUGUAUGAGAGAGCUCUCUACAUCCGAAAGCUCCUCCUCACCAUUCCCAGAUCGGUCCUCAUCGUCAUGCGCUACCUAUUCGCCUUCCUCAACCAUUUGUCCCAGUACAGUGACGAGAACAUGAUGGACCCGUACAAUCUGGCCAUUUGCUUCGGCCCCACGCUCAUGCCCACGCCGGACACCCUAGACCAGGUCUCCUGCCAGGCCCACGUCAACGAGAUCAUCAAGACCAUCAUCAUCCACAACGAGACAAUCUUCCCUGACGCCAAAGAACUGGACGGCCCCUGUUAUGAGAAGUGCAUGGCAGGAGGAGAUUAUUGCGAGAGCCCCUACAGUGAGCACGGAGCCCUGGAGGAGGUAGACAACGAGGGAGGCACCGAGACGCACACCAGCGAGGACGAGGGCGAGCCCAUCGAAGCCAUCGCCAAGUUCGACUACAUCGGCCGCUCCUCCCGGGAGUUGUCCUUCAAGAAGGGAGCGUCCCUGCUGCUUUACCAGCGAGCGUCCGAGGACUGGUGGGAGGGACGGCACAACGGCAUCGACGGCCUGGUGCCGCACCAGUACAUCGUGGUCCAAGACAUAGAUGACAGCUUCUCAGACACUCUGAGUCAGAAGGCUGACAGCGAGGCCAGCAGCGGCCACGCUGGAGAGGAGAAGUGCUCGGGGAAAGACAUCAGCUCGCCCACUGACCCGCGCAUCUCUGAGGCCUACAUCACCAGUAGACACAAGAAAAGGUCAGAGCCGCCGUCUCGAAGGCCGCCCGCCCGCCCCAGUGACAUCCACUGCAUGGUGCACCCCUCCCAGCAGGGUCACGGGGGUCACGGGGGCCACGGCGGGACCCCGGAGAUGGGCUCGCCGGUCCUCGGCCACUUCAGCCCGCGGGACAUGCUGCGCAAUCGCAACCACAUGCCCAUGGACAGCCCCGAGCGCCGGCGCCGCACCGGCCACGGCAGCCUGACCAACAUCAACCGCCACGAGUCGCUGAAGAAGAUCGAGAGCCCCCCGAUCCGCCGCUCCACCUCCUCAGGCCAGUACACGGGCUUCACCGACGCCCACCACCUGCACCAUCACCUCCACCACGGGGGCAAGCCGCUGGAUCCGGAGAGCAUCGCACAGGACAUAGAGGAGACCAUGAACACGGCUCUGAAUGAGCUGCGGGAGCUGGAGCGGCAGAGCUCGGCCAAGCACGCCCCCGACGUGGUGCUGGACACCCUGGAGCAGCGGCAGACCACCUCCGGCGGCAGCAGCGGCGGGGGUCCCACGCCGGCCAGCUCCAGCGAGUCCCUCAGCCCCAUCCACGGCGUGAUGCUGAGGUCCACGGCCAACACCGAGCCGCCCCUCCGCCGCAGCACCAGCUCCUCCAGCGACACCAUGAGCACCUUCAAGCCCAUGGUGGCGCCCCGCAUGGGGGUGCAGCUCAAACCCCCGGCCUUGAGGCCCAAGCCCAUGGUUCUGCCCAAGUCCGGCCCGGCUGCCCAACCUCCAGCCACGAAUCCUCAGGAUCCUCUGGACAAGUCCUGCACCAUGUGACCUCCGGGACGAGAACCAGGGAUGUCAAACAAAAACUCUCAAUCCACUUCCAGGGGGCGGAGAGAUACUUCAAGGACGUACUGCAAACAAAUCUAAGAGCGUGUAACAUACAUGGACCUAAGCAGGGAAGGACAUUUCGAGACCAGACACCGGACUCUGAAAGACGGCGUAGGAGUUCCAACGUAGACUUCUGUUUCAAUAACAUGUUUAUGUGUUAGAAUGCUUAGAUUAAUAUGAUCUAACAUCUUCUUUAAAAUAAAUACAAACAACAAAUCACGAAGGCUUCCCUCGAGGUUUUAGAAGAAGUGUUCUAGCUAGUUUAGUUUACAGAGUCGCGGAUCAUGCAACCGAACAAAGCCCGGUGCAGGUAGCUCCUCCCACUCCCACUGAACCUGAACCAGAACUGGAUGAGAGGGGCCUUGGAGGUUCUGUGAUGGGUACCGGAACCGCGUCAGAAGGCUUCACUGACUCUGAGGUGUAAGUGAAUUCCAAUGUAAACCGUUCUAAGGUGUGCGGUGACUUCCUGGACAGACCUGGUGUGAAGGUUGGACUGAUACAGGCCUGGAGGGACUUUAUAAGUAAUGGUACUCUGAAUAGAUAAGUAGAACUGAUUCACUCUCUGCAGCUUUCGGUGGAACGGCAUAACCACCGGGAGUCGUGUCUCAGUAACGUGCAAAGAAUCACCUCUGUGCUGGACUUGCUCACAAACAUUUGCAUAUACAAAUAUAUUCCAUUUUUGCCGGGAACGAGAUCUGACGAUUGGAUAAAACCACUACUUCGUUGUACACUUUGAUGGGUUCAUGAAUUCCUGCAUCAGCCACUGAUGAAGGGAUAAAAAUAUGCCUAAUAACUUAUGCCUUUACAUCUGUAUAGGGGGAGCAGUGUGAAAAGUUCUGAUGACAAAUCAUCUCCUAACUACAGUAUAUACAACACGUAGGCGAUUAUACGCUGUGAAACACAUGCCAUAGUUUCUGUUAUGCCUUGCUUUCGCUUUAUCUACCCAAAGACAUGGCUGUGUAAGUGUAAAGCAUGGACUCUUCAUAUAGAUUGAUGUGUGUAGACUUAAUGCGGCGCCCUAUGGGAGUGCUGCCAGUAGCCAUGGACCUAAUGACUGUUAGUGUAAAAGCCUCCUGAUACGUUUCACCCUGCUUCCUUUUUUGCUUUUGCAGUGUGCUUCGAGACCCCCCUCCCUCUUGUCAGCUGAAACUUGUGUGUUUUUUGUGUUGCUUUUGUGGAAGAUGACACUUUAAAAUGGCUGACGUAAUGAUUUCAGAAUGCAAUAGCCACACAUCAGAGUCUGUGCCCCCUGUUUGAGUCUUUGUAUGUGAACCUCUGUGCUGUAGAAAUAACAGAAUCGGAUGCAUGUCCUGGGAAUAUCUGUCACAGAAUAACAACUCCUAGAAGAACUAACUGCAGGUUUACACCAUCGUUGACUUGACAGAUACUUUGUGUGUAAUAAUCAAACGCUAAUUUGAUUUCUGAAUUACUAACUUUUUAUUAUUUUUUAUCAUCUUUAUCGUUAUCUUUGUUGGGUAGAAAAUGACUCUAAUUUAGAACCAAAUGAUAUAUAAUUAUAAUCCAGAGAUACAGAUGUCCCACCUACAAUAUGAAGCCAGUUGUGUAAAAUGUGCUUUUGUCACUAUAUGUACCAUCAUCAACAAUAGGUCUCCGUUAUGCCUGAUGUUCUCUCACAUCUGUAGUAUGUAUGUAUGUACCUGUGGAAGUGCCUUGGAAAAUGUUGUAGAGGAACUCGAGACGUUCUGUUUUCGCAUUUUCAUGUCAGAUUCCGUGUUUCUGAGAAACUGCAGCGCAGGAAGCAGCGAAGAAGUAAUGAUGCCAUUUCCCAAACAGUAAUACGACAGAGUAAAUAAAAAAAUAAACAGCUUACCCAUUGUGACAUUGCACUUUUCAUGUAUAUAACUGUACAUAUAGCAUGUAACAUCAUAACAUUUAGAGUUCUUUGAGAGCUUAUACCUCUGAGGAUUUCUUUCUAAUAAAGAAAAUAGUUUGUCGA